AUGCCGAGAAAAGACCGCGAUCAGAUUGAUGUUAUCUGCCUGGAAUGUCAUAGCCUGUACCUUGAUGGUUGGCGUUACCAUAUUGAGAGUAUCAAGGAUCAUUUUCUGAAAAAACAUUACACGAUGAUGAUGACGAACAAUCCUAAGCGUCAGUGGGAAAUUAUUCAUAAUAAUAUUGAGAUUAUUCCAAAAGGCUCUCAAUACGACUCGCUUUUCCAUGUUUCGGACUACAUCAUCGAUACUUUUCAUCAAGUUAUCUGGGGCCCAAGACUGCGCAUUUCCAUACGAUUCCGAUACAGAGGCAAGCACAGUGCUCACCCUGAGCCCAACUAUACAAUUCUUCCGAUUUCGGAACUAAAAUGGUCUCAAAAGCUCAAAAUGUUCAUUGACGCAGCCAUUUCGAAGACAAAAGAUGACAGAAAGAAGAGAAAAUUAAUAAAAACUAUGCGCGAUCGAAACCGUCAUGGAUAUGACGCCGAAGAGCAUCGAAAUCAACGACUUUACUCUGGGUGUGGAGCAUGUAAUGCUCGUGAGAAUCAAGAAGAACCGGCUCAACCUGAAGUCGAGUAUUUUUAA